AUGCAAUCAGCUACUCUCUCCAGGACGUCCUCCACGGCUAGCAUAUCUUCCACGGACGAUACUGCGCGUCGUACGCGCAAACGCUUUUCUACUGUUCAGCUCAUGAUGCUGGAACAGCUUUUCCACCGGACAUCUCACCCGACGCGAGAGGAACGCGAAGCCCUUGCGAGUACUGCAGGAAUGGAAAUCAAGUCAGUUACUAUAUGGUUCCAAAAUAAGCGUCAGACGGAGCGCAAAGUUGCACUCCACAAUGCGACAAACGUCUCCAAUGAAGACGCCUCUUCUUCACCACUCACACAUGGACAUGCCUCUUCGUCACGUCAUGUCCACUCCCGAUCAGUUUCUAUCUCGGGCUUGCACACUCCUCGGAGACGGAUAACACCUCCUCGCCCCCGUCCCUCCCUGGACCGCGUCGCGGCACGUUCCGAAUCACGACUCCAACCACCCCGCACGCCUACAAAGCCUCAUAACCCACACGCAUCACUCUGGGACAAUAUGCCCUCCUCUCCACUGGCACCUGCUAGCCCUCCCACGCGCGACCUGGUAGACUUCGUGGGCAGCGGGCGCACCCUUGAAUGGGCAUGUGCUGCGGCACGACUAUCUGAAAAGCGCAAAGUAGACGAAAAGGAUGUUGAAACGGAAGAGGAAGAAAUGGAAGCCAUUACACCGGAAGGGAGCUUAGGAGCUGGAGAUGAUGCCUGGAAUAGGAGAACUGCGUUUCCUGUCCAGAAGCGCGGGCACGUGGCCCGGAACUUGAAGUUCGCGCCUAUGGCAGUGAACGGAAGAAAAGGUGCGAUUCAGGACGACGAUAUGAUGCGAGCUGCGCUGGUCCUAUGUGGACUUGGAAAGCGCAGCUGCCAGUGA